AAAUGCUUCCUGUUUCUUUAAAGGCGCUCGCGGCUCGGGCGGCCGGGGCUGGGGAGGCUGCGGCGGGAGCUGCCUCCUCUCCGGGCGGCGGCGCUGACUGAUCUCGCGAAUUGGGCUUCUGUGUAAACUGAGGCUAAACAAACACAGAUGGAGCGCAGCGGGCGUUCUCCAGAAAUGCUGGCACGGCGGCAGCGACUUCAGAUGACACUCUGAGCGCUCCGGGAACGGACAGCCUGGCGGCUUCGCGGAGCCGGCGGCGCAGCUGCCCCGGACGAGGGGGAGAAAGGGAGGAGGGAGGGAGGGAGCGAGCAGGGGGAGAGCUGGAGACUCCGAGGCGCUGAGCGCCGCGGCCGCCCGGGCAGAGCCGGCGCGCAGCGUGUAGAGCGAGCGCGGCGGGCGCGCUUCCCGGGCAGCCCCACGCCCCUGCCUUGCGCGCUCUGCCCGCGCCAUGAAGCACAUCCCGGUUCUCGAGGACGGGCCGUGGAAGACCGUGUGUGUGAAGGAGCUGAACGGCCUCAAGAAGCUCAAGAGGAAAGGCAAGGAGCCGGCGCGGCGCGCGAACGGCUAUAAAACUUUCCGAUUGGACUUGGAAGCGCCCGAGCACGGCGCCGCCGCCACCGACGGGCUGCGGGACAGGACCCAGCGGCUGCAGCCGGUCCCGGCCCCGGUGCCAGCCCGGGUGGCGCCGGCCGUUCCUUCAGGUGGGGGCGCGGACACGGCCGGGGAGCGCAGGGGCGCCCGGGCUCCUGAGGUCUUGGACGCGCGGAAACGCGGCUUCGCCCUGGGCGCAGUGGGGCCGGGACUCCCCACGCCGCCGCCACCGCCGCCGCCUCCAGCGCCCCAGGGCCAGGUACCUGGGGGUCCCGAGGCACAGCCUUUCCGGGAGCCCGGCCUACGUCCCCGCAUCUUGCUGUGCGCACCGCCAGCACGCCCCACGCCGUCGGCGGCCCCUGCUCCCCCGGAGCCCUCAGUGCGCCCGGCUCCCCCCACGCGCCCUGGGGAAAGUUCUUACUCGUCAAUUUCACACGUAAUUUACAAUAACCACCCGGAUUCCUCCGCGUCGCCUAGGAAACGGCCAGGCGAAGCUACCGCCGCCUCCUCCGAGAUCAAAGCCCUGCAGCAGACCCGGAGGCUCCUGGCGAACGCCAGGGAGCGGACGAGGGUGCACACCAUCAGCGCAGCCUUCGAGGCGCUCAGGAAGCAGGUGCCAUGCUACUCAUAUGGGCAGAAGCUGUCCAAGCUGGCCAUCCUGAGGAUCGCCUGUAACUACAUCCUGUCCCUGGCGCGGCUGGCCGACCUGGACUACAGCGCCGACCACAGCAACCUCAGCUUCUCCGAGUGUGUGCAGCGCUGCACCCGCACCCUGCAGGCCGAGGGCCGUGCCAAGAAGCGCAAGAUCUGAAAGUUGCUCACAGAGACUGUUGGGACCCCAGUGCAGUGCACCCGGAGAAUCCUGAUACUCCCUGACGUUCUUAGAGCCUGGAUCCCACGCCAGGCGUGGUGCUGGGUGCUUAGUACUUCUGACAGAUCACCCCGUUGACUCCUCCCGCCACCCCUUCAAGGUGGAUCCUGACGUUGUCCCAGGAACAGUGAAUCUUAGGCUCAGAGGCCCGAGGAACUGGCCAGUAGGAGAGGUGCCCGGGGCUCCUAUCACUUCCCUGUCCCGCCCCCCGCAUGGAAAUGGGGUGGUGAGAGGAGGUCCUGUUUCCACAUCCUCCGAGCCAUGUUACUGAGUUAAAUACCAUGUGCUUUCAAAACCCAUGGAGUCCGUCUAUGCUGGGAAAGAAGGGGGGUGGGUGGGAAACCACCAUUAAAUUCCCUUCUUGUCAUAAAAAUGGAUGCAAUUUAUUUUUUCUGGCAUUCCAAUUACAUAGACGUUUGUCGCCAGCUGUUUGUUCUAACACGGAGUGUUCUCUCAGCUGCCGUUUCUCCUCUCUCGGUUGACACCAUUAGUCCACACGGCUGGCAGGGACUGGGAUGGAGGGGUCGUGGGCUGGGGAGCCCCCCAGGUUAGCUUCCUUGGAACGCAGAACUUGGCCCCUCUGCUGUUCGCCGGGUGGUCCCGAGGUGGGGGAGAGACUGGGGCACUGCUUUUCCCUCUCCUUUCACACUGUCUUCACCUCUUCCUCCUCUCCCCCGCUGACACGCACUCACAGACCCCACCCUUCUCCCCACCAUGCUGUGUAUGAAUGAAAACUUGGGUCUCGGACAGUGAGAAAGAACCAACCUCUCCUGCUCAGAAAGUCAGAGACGUGCAAAGUCCCCUCUGAUGCUCUAACCUCCAGGGCAUCUCUUCGAGCCAGGGUGCCCCUCUGGAAACCCCUUCAGAGGCUCGGUGGUCCAGGAUGCUACAGGUGGGUGUUGAGCUGAGAGAACCCUACAGUUCCUUUCAGUUCUCUCUGGUGCUGUCAUUUAACUUUAAGGCACAUACAACAGGGAGACCCUUGGCAAGACCACGAAGUAGGGGAAGUGUAGGCUUUGGCGCUGGAGACCUGGGUUUGAAUCACGGCACUGGAACUUCCUACCCAUGUGACCUUGGGUGUGUUACCUAACUUCUCUGAUCCCCCGUUCUCUCGUGUGUAAAGUGUGAGCUUAUAAACCUUCCUCGCCACCUUGCUGGAAGGAUUAAAGGAGAUCCCGUAUGAGACAGGGCUGGCCUUUUCUCAGUGCCAGAAGGGAAAUCUCAGGAAUUUACAGCCACAAGGUAACAACUUCAUAUGGAAUCCCAGGAAGGAUCAUCUCAGCAAAGGGCAGUGCCUGGAAUGGAUGAAUGACCAGACAAAGGGCAGAUAAGGGCAAAUAAUUCUGAAUGGGGGACUCCUGUUUGUCCGGCGUUCGGGGCAAACCCCCUGGCCCUGCAUCCUUAAAGGGGGGCGAGCACCUAGCCAGCCCAGAAAUCCCUGGGCUUUCAAAGUUCACGGAUUCAUACCAAAGAACAUGCAUAACGUGUGGUUGUACGUGGUAAUAAUGCUAAUAAACAGACUCUCACCAACAGUCGCGCUGACCGAACAGGGGGUGCCCGUUGCGUGCCGAGCACCUCCCAUACUUUAUCUCUACCCUUUAUGCUGACCCCACAAGUUAGCACCACUUCCCCAUUGCACGGAGGGGAAACUGAGGCCAAGAGAAGGGCAGUAGCUUGCCCAAGGCCAUGCAGCGAGGAAGUGGUGGAGCUGCUUUGAGCCCGUGUCUCUUUGGUUCCAAACUCCGAGCUCUUCAGCCGCGCCCGGGCCCUGAAGCUCACAUACCGCCCAGCAGGGUGGCCUGAGCCCGGAGACCCCCAGCAAAUGCGGGUGCAGGGCCUUGUCAGGAGCAGCAGCUCUUAUGUAAGCAGCCAGGCUGUGGCGCUUGCAGGCUCCAUUGAGCCGCGGGGAGCCCACAGACCGCUGGGGGUGGCAAGGG